AUGGAUGGUUGGUCUAUGAGUGUGGGCCAGCCCCUAUUAAGCACUAUGCUUAAUGGAUGUUUCGUGACAUCACCGUAUGGAAACAAUCUUCAUCACGGGGAGAACACAACACAUGGUAAUAUCGCCUUUACUACUCAAGAGGCUGGGAACUACCUAGCAUGCUUCUGGGUGGAUAGUCAGGGUGAAGGAGGUGGUGAGGUUAAUGUAAACCUUGAUUGGAAGAUUGGGAUUGCAGCCAAGGAUUGGGAUUCGGUUGCUAGAAAAGAGAAGAUUGAGGGAGUUGAGCUUGAGCUGAGAAAGCUAGAAGGAGCAGUGGAAGCCAUCCAUGAGAAUUUGCUCUAUCUUAAGGGCAGGGAAGCUGAGAUGAGGAUUGUGAGUGAAAAAACAAAUGCCAGGGUGGCAUGGUUUAGCAUUAUGUCGUUGGGUAUCUGCAUUGCUGUUUCAGGUUUGCAAUUGUGGUAUCUAAAGCGGUUCUUCCAGAAGAAGAAGCUUAUAUAG